AUGCCCUCCAGUGUCGCAGAUGUCCAGGUGCGCCUGGUAGGUGGCGGCACGUGCCACGGCCGAGUGGAGGUGCAAUACCGCGGCGCGUGGGGCACGGUGUGCGACGACUUUUGGGAGCUGCAGGAUGCCGAGGUGGUCUGCCAUCAGCUGAGCUGUGGCUCCGCCGUGUCCGCACCGGGAAAUGCUCGGUACGGAGCGGGCAGCGGCCAGAUCUGGAUGGACAACGUGCAGUGCAACGGUUCCGAAUCUCAACUCUCGCAGUGCAGACACAACGGCUGGGGCACGCACGACUGCAGCCACGUGGAAGAUGCUUCCGUCGUUUGCUCACAAGGUUGCCUGUGCGCGCUUGUUGAAGUCCGCCUGGUUGGUGGAGGCAACGCGUGCCAGGGCCGCGUGGAGGUGCUCUACGGAAGGUCUUGGGGCACGGUGUGCGACGACGUUUGGAACCUGCAGGAUGCCGAGGUGGUCUGCCGUCAGCUGGGCUGCGGCUCUGCUGUGUCCGCUCUGGGAAACGCUUUCUACGGAGCGGGCAGCGGCCAGAUCUGGAUGGACAACGUGCAGUGCUCCGGCUCCGAGUCUCAACUCUCGCAGUGCAGACACAACGGCUGGGGCACUCACGACUGCAGCCACGUCGAAGAUGCUUCCGUCAUCUGCUCACGAGGCGUUGAAGUCCGCCUGGUUGGUGGAGGAAACGCGUGCCAGGGCCGCGUGGAGGUGCUCUACGGAAGGUCUUGGGGCACGGUGUGCGAUGACGUUUGGGACCUGCGGGAUGCCGAGGUGGUCUGCCGUCAGCUGGGCUGUGGCUCUGCUGUGUCUGCUGUGGGGAACGCUUUCUACGGAGUGGGCAGUGGCCGGAUCUGGAUGGACAACGUGCAGUGCAACGGUUCCGAGUCUCAACUCUCGCAGUGCAGACAAAACGGCUGGGGCACUCACGACUGCAGCCAUGUGGAAGAUGCUUCCGUCAUCUGCUCACGAGGUGUUGCGAUUGUCUGUGGACCGUUGGAAACAUAUGUGCGUGUUUUUGUUUCUUCAGGCGUUGAAGUCCGCUUGGUUGACGGAGGCAACGCAUGCCAGGGCCGCGUGGAGGUGCUCUACAGAAAGUUCUGGGGCACGGUGUGCGACGACGUUUGGGACCUGCAGGAUACCGAGGUGGUCUGCCGUCAGCUGGGCUGUGGCUCUGCUGUGUCUGCUGUGGGAAACGCUUUCUACGGAGUGGGCAGUGGCCAGAUCUGGAUGGACAACGUGCAGUGCAACGGUUCCGAGUCUCAACUCUCGCAGUGCAGACAAAACGGCUGGGGCACUCACGACUGCAGCCAUGUGGAAGAUGCUUCCGUCAUCUGCUCACGAGGCGUUGAAGUCCGCCUGGUUGGCGGAGGCAACGCAUGCCAGGGCCGCGUGGAGGUGCUCUACAAAAAGUUCUGGGGCACGGUGUGCGACGACUUUUGGGAGCUGCAGGAUGCCGAGGUGGUCUGCCGUCAGCUGGGCUGUGGCUCCGCCGUGUCAGCUCCGGGAAAUGCUCGGUACGGAGCGGGCAGCGGCCGGAUCUGGAUGGACAACGUGCAGUGCAACGGUUCCGAGUCUCAACUCUCGCAGUGCAGACACAACGGCUGGGGCACUCACGACUGCAGCCAUGUGGAAGAUGCUUCCGUCGUCUGCUCACUCGGGAUGGCGAAGAAGAUGAACUGCACCCAAGACUCCUUUGAGCAUUGA